CAUUAAAGCCACCACCAGCUUCUGUCCUAUACUUUAUUUAGUGGGAAGGCAAGCCGUAAAGACCCUUCAACUUAAUCCCCUGUCGGACCCCUUUCCACUUGAAUACACACCUAAGUCUCCUCGUAUUAUCAUUGCCUCUUCGCUGUGAUCUUGACUAUACGCGAAGGCUGGUUGUGUUCGUUCUUUGUUUGACUCCGUCGUCUCUAUCUGGCGAUAUUGAUCUAAUGGGGAGCUACAGAGUCUGCAUGUGCUUCCAACGGCGGUUCAAGGUCGAGGAGGCGGUGCCGCCCGAGGAAGUCAGGGAGCUCUUUAACAAAUACGCCGAAGGUGGGGCCCACAUGACCCCCGAGCAGCUCCUCCGCUUCCUCGUGGAGGUUCAGGGCGAGAGUGGUGAGCUCGACGCGCGGCAGAUUGUGGAGCAGGUGAUGCAGAAGCGGCACCACAUUACCAAAUUCGUGAGGCAUACUCUCACCUUCGAUGACUUCCAUCACUAUCUCUUCUCUUCCGAGCUCAAUCCCCCCAUCGGAUCUCAGGUUCACCAGGACAUGACAGCUCCUUUAUCCCAGUAUUUUAUAUACACAGGCCAUAACUCCUAUCUCACUGGCAAUCAACUCAGCAGCGAUUGUAGUGAUGUGCCGAUUAUAAAGGCAUUAAAUAGAGGCGUAAGAGUGGUGGAGCUUGAUAUAUGGCCCAAUUCCACAAAAGAUGAUGUGCAUGUUUUACAUGGAAGGACGUUGACAACUCCUGUGGAGCUCAUUAAAUGUUUAAAAUCAAUUAAAGAGCAUGCUUUUGUUGCAUCUCCUUACCCUGUCAUAAUAACUUUGGAAGACCAUCUUACGCCAGACCUUCAAGCCAAAGUAGCUCAGAUGAUUACUGAAACAUUUGGGGAUAUGCUGUUUUGCCCGGGGAGUGAAAAUCUUAAAGCAUUUCCUUCACCUGAAGAUCUGAAGUAUCAGAUUAUAAUAUCUACAAAGCCCCCAAAAGAGUACCUCCAAGCUGCAGGUCCUGAUGUGAGUAUGAAUAGGUCACAGAAUUCAAAGGUUUUUGAUGAAGAUGAAGGUAGGAUGGUGCCCUCUGACGUUUUAAAGGAUCAGAAUGAAGAUGGAAUUGAUGAUCCUGAUGUGACUGAAAGUGAAGAUGAUGAGUCAAAUGAUGAUUGUGCCCCUGAGUUGCGCUCUUCAGUUUCAAGUUAUAAGUGUCUAAUUGCUCUUUGUGCGGGAAAACCCAAAGGAGGUCUAAAGGAGGCAUUAAAAAUUGAAAUUGACACUGUUAGACGCCUCAGUUUAAGUGAACAAGCUCUUGAGAAGGCCGCUGAGUCUCAUGGAACUGAUGUUGUAAGAUUCACCCAGAAGAACUUCUUGAGGGUGUACCCAAAGGGUACACGAUUUAACUCCUCCAACUACAAGCCGCUGAUUGGCUGGAUGCACGGUGCUCAGAUGGUUGCCUUUAAUAUGCAGGGAUAUGGCAAAUAUCUUUGGUUGAUGCACGGAAUGUUCAGAUCCAAUGGAGGAUGUGGUUAUGUCAAAAAGCCUGAUCUUCUUAUGAAGGAUGGCCUAGAUCAUGAGAUAUUUAAUCCUAAAGCUGAUAUGCCAGUGAAGAAGACUCUGAAGGUGAAAGUAUAUAUGGGUGACGGGUGGCGGAUGGACUUCAAACAAACUCACUUCGACUUGUAUUCCCCACCUGAUUUUUAUGUCAGGGUUGGUAUAGCUGGAGUGCCAGCCGAUGAUAUAAUGAAGAAGACAAAUAAGGAGGAUAUCUGGAUACCUGCAUGGGACGAAGAGUUCACGUUCCCGUUGAGGGUUCCUGAACUUGCUUUGCUCAGAGUGGAAGUUAAUGAAUAUGACGUAUCAGAGAAGGAUGAUUUUGCAGGCCAAACAUGUUUACCAGUUUCUGAACUGAAGCAAGGAAUCCGCGCAGUUCCCCUCUUUAACCGCAAAGGCGACAAGUAUAACUCGGUUAGGCUUCUUAUGCGAUUUGAGUUCAUAUAAUGCCCUUUUUACCUGUGUUCUUCGUGUUCUUGCACACAGUUCCGUUGCAAAAGAAAGCUGGACUAUUGCAAAAUAUAAAUCCUGGUACAUAUCACUUUGCUUUUCUUUGUUUCUGGGUGAAGUCAACUGAAUUUCGUCAAACGGUUGUAGUGGAGGUAGUAAGUUGCCCUGGAUGAACUCGCUUCACAGGUCCCACUGCGUAGGUGGGCAUGGGUAUCCAUGGAACAUUUAUUUGUAUUUAUUUUUCUUCUGUAUGUAAUGAUUAUGCUGUUUCAUUA